GGGGGUGGAGCUGUACACGCCAGCGGAGUAGAAACGAUAAACCAUUUGAUUUUCCUGCACAGUUUUGGACUGCUCGGGUCGACCGUAACGUGUCGUUCGGUUGUGAGAACAAUGUCACGUAAAUUUUUGGAGGAAUUUUUAAAAAUUUACGAGAGCGAACCAUGCCUUUGGAAUCUUAAAAAUAAAGAAUACUUUGAUAGAAACAAGAAAGAAGCUGGUUAUCGCCGUUUAAUCGAAAAACUAAAAGAAAAGGAGCCAGAUGCUGAUAGAGAAAGCGUUAUAAAAAAAAUUAACAAUAUCAGAAGCGCAUACAGAAAAGAACUCAAAAAAAUUAAAGCAUCAAUCAAAUCAGGAACUGAUGAGAUAUACGAACCAAGGUUGUGGUAUUUCAAAUUAUUAAGGUUUUUAGAUAACCAAUAUAUGCCUCGAAGCAGUCGCUCCAACAUAGAUAGUGACGAUGAUGCAGACAUUGAGGUGUCGUAA